AUGCGAAAGGACAUCGAACAUUUUAUCCAUCACGUCUGCCGAUAUCUAAAACAAAAACAAUCCAAUCGACAUACAGUUGCACCGCUACAACCAAUUGUCACAACUGCACCGUUCCAAUUAAUCUCGAUUGACUUUGCACAUCUCGAGCAGAGUUCCGGUGGUUACCAGUAUAUAUUAGUAGUUGUCGAUUAUUUUACUAAGUAUUCUCAAGCCUACCCUACGAAAAAUAAGAGCGGUGUGACGGCGGCGGAUAGAAUUUUUAAUGAUUUUAUACAACGGUUUGGCGUCCCGAAAAAAAUCCAUCACGACAUGGGCGGGGAGUUUGAGAACAAUCUUUUCAAGCGAUUAGAACAAUUAACCGGCGUAAUGCACUCUCGGACGACACCGUACCAUCCUCAAGGCAACGGCAUAGUUGAGCGGAUGAAUCGUACUUUGUUAGGCAUGCUGCGAACAUUACCAGAGUCAUAUAAGUCAAGAUGGAAAGAUCACCUUAAUAAACUCAUUCAUGCGUAG